AUGGUCAAGCUCACCUUCGCUGCUUUGCCACUGGCGCUCGCCGCCAUCGCUACGGCCAAGCCCGACGUUGAGAAGCGUCAAGCCUCUGGAUCCGCUUCUCGAGGCGCCUCAUCGGCGUCGGGCGCUGCCGCUGCUGCCGGCCCUACCUCGACCUUCACCGGAUCUCUCCCUGCUUCCGUCUCGUCCAUCCUUGCGGGUGUCUCUUCCGGAGCUGGUGUCACCACCUCCACCACCUCGCUCUUUACCACCUACGCGGCAGGUGCCAAGAACCCCCAGGUCACCGGCGCACCCGGACUUCCCAACCUCAACUCGAUCCUCCCGUCCAACUUCCCCACGCUCGACGUGACCCCGCCUACCAACUCGCCGCAGGUGCAAAACUGGAUUAAGCAGAUCGACUGGUCCAAGGUGCCCAACGUCACCACCACUGUCGACUCGGCUUCGUGCUCCGGCAACCCCACCAACCUCGCCCAGGCCGGCCCGAACGGCAACUGCUGGUGGACUUGCGGUCAGUGCACCCGCUCUACCGACAUCACCACCUGCCCAGACACCAACACCUGGGGCCUCUCGUACGACGAUGGCCCGUCGCCCUACACGCCUACCUUGCUCCAGUACCUCAGCCAGAACAACCUCAAGUCCACCUUCUUCGUCGUCGGCUCGCGUGUCAUCUCGCGUCCCCAGAUGCUCCAGACCGAGUUUGAGCAGGGUCACCAGAUCUCGGUUCACACCUGGUCGCACCCCCCUCUUACCACGCUCACGAACGAGCAGAUUGUCGCCGAACUUGGCUGGUCCAAGGAGGUAAUUCGCUCUGUGAUCGGCGUCACUCCCAACACCAUGCGUCCUCCUUACGGUGACAUUGACGACCGCGUGCGUGCCAUCUCGCUCCAGAUGGGUCUCACCCCCAUCAUCUGGACCACUCCCCCCGGAGGAGAGCCCUACGACACCAACGACUGGCGCAUCGCUGCCGGUGUCGUGUCGCCUGCCGAGGUGGUGUACAACUUUGAGUCGAUCAUCAAGAACGCCUCGUCGCUCUCCACCGGCUACAUUGUGCUAGCCCACGACCUCUACCAGCAGGCUGUCGACAUUGCCGUCAACAUUGUGCUCCCUGCCGCGCUCCAGAUGAGCCCCAAGCAGAACCUCAUGCCCAUCGUGCAGUGCAUGCAGAAGCAGACCUCAGAUGCCUACAUCGAGACCUACACCAACAGCUCUGGGUCGCUCCCCAACGAAACUGGUUCGUCUGGUACACACAAGCUCACUUCCACAGGCGCCGCUGCCAGCUCAGUUUCUUCGGCUGCCUCAGGCAGCGGCGGCUCGAGUAGUAGCUCUGGCAAAUCGGCCGCUUCGAUUUCGUCGGUUCCCUCCUUUGUGCUUCCCACCACCGUGCUUGGUGCGGUGAUGCUCUUCGUCGGCCUCCUUGUCUGA